CAACAACUAGAAGCGUAGCAGCAACAACAACACCAGCCAUGGCUGUGGCCUUCUACAUACCGGAUCAGAAGGAAAUGCUGCGCAAGGCGCGCGAACAGGAGAAGCAGCUGUUGCGUCUACGUCAAUGGCAAAUGGCAACAGUUGUAUUGAACACGAUACGCCAGCUAAUGGACUCCACGGCCAGCGAGUGCGUGCAGCGAGCGGGACGUAAGUGUGGCAAGUGGCGCAAACCAUCGCAGUGAAAAGCGCAGAGUUGAGUAAACAACAACAAGAACAACAACUACAACAGUUACUACUACUUCUACUACAACAACAACAACAACAAGUCCGUCAAAAGCAAAAACCGUUGACUAUAUUAGUCUUAACUGAUGGGCUAAAACGCCGACGGCCCCAACAACAACACCA